AGAUAUGUAAAAAAAAACAAAAAAACAAUUAUGGUGCGCAAGAAACGGCGCCAUCUACUGUCUGAAUAUCUGCAAGUGCAUGCUUCUAUUGGACAGGACUGUGCAGUGCAAGGCAGGUACAGCGCGGGGUUGUUGUAGUUGAAGCUACCAGGGGUCUAGCCAGCAGUUGCAGAUAUUCAGGAGUGUAAGGUUACUGACCGUAACCUUUUUAAUGGACUGAUUUUAUUAAAACGGCAGGUCAAACGUUCCAGAAUGCACUGCGAUGUGAGUUGACAAGCCUGAACUGUCCUACAUACAUGAGUCAUCAUAUCCUGGUAGCCUCAUGCAAAUAAGAAACAUUACCUUAAAAUGAACCACACUGCACUUGUGCGCCUUCAUAAUCUGGAUACAAAGGUGAAAAGCCCCUUUCCCGUGCCUAUACCCUCGAGCUCUCACUUUAUACCCGAGCAUGGCACUCAGUCCUUACACGGGAGCGGGGUCAGCACAUGAUCCUGCCCAUCGCAGCGCCUGCCUACGUGCCCUACGUGAACUUGUGCGUGCCAGACGCCGGGGCUGCGGCCUCGACAAUAACAAACGACGUCACGGCGUGAGACGGAGAAGAAGGCAGGCAGAGGCGAAUCGGCAAAGGAACCGAGAUGAAGACACGCAAAAUAAAAUGGAGAGGAAAUGUAUCUAUGUAAAAUACACGCAGAAUCUGAAGAACCUCGUGAGGAACGCGGAGGGGGAGGACAGCUCGGCGCAGACCGAGAGGCCGAAGACCUUGUUUGAAGAGAUCCGUGCCUCGGUCAGGCACUCUGAUGAGCAGGACCGGUCCUUCUGGAGGCCUGUCCUUCCCUGGGGCGGCGUUUACACCAUCAAGGCGGGGCGCAAAGCCAUCUCCUGCACCCCGCUGUACGUGAAAAUCAACCUGAACAACACCUGCACCAUCGACGGCUUCCUGAUGCUGCUCUACGUGAUUCUGAGGGAGAACGAGACCUUCCCACGGGAGGUGUCCGUUUACCUGGGCAAGGAGUUCAUCGAGCACUUCCUGUUCCUAAUGGACUCCUACAACUACACCACGGUCAAGCUGCUCUGGAUCUGGGACAAGAUGGACAAGCGGCAGUACAGGUCGCAGAUUCACAGGGCAGCGCUGGAGAUCGACCUGUUCGGGAACGAGCACGAGAACUUCACCAAGAACCUGGAGAACCUGAUGGCCACCCUGCAGGAGAGCUUCUGCACCAGCUGGGACUGCCCCGCGCGCCUCCAGGAGAGCCUGCAGUGGACCAUCAACAUCAACCCUCCGCACGGAAUGCCCCAUGGUGACCUGAUUCAGUCUGCAGUGGAUGAAUUCUUCUGCCCGAAAAUAGUGCUGUGCAAGGAAAUGGGGUGUGACGGACAGCGGGAACUCUCUCAGAGGAUAUUCUGCCACGGCCCCCCUCCGUUCGUCAUUUUAAACAUGCAGCUGUGGAAGUCAGAGGAGCUGGCCUACAUCCCUUAUUACCUGGCUUUAUCAGACCGCAGGUAUUUACUGGAGGGCGCCACACUCUUUAACAAAGAGGAGCACCAUUACUCCGCAGCGUUCCAGAUCGACGGGUGCUGGAUGCACUACGACGGGCUUCGAAGCAACAAUCUGGUUCUACUGAAUAAACCCCCCGAGCUGCUGCUCCUGUCCUCGCUGGUCUACAUCCGAGCGACGGAGAAGUGACUCUGACCUGGAGGAGGGGGAGGACGACGGUGCUGCAGGAAAAAGGGAACAGCUUUGCAGAAACUCCAAGAAAAAGAAAGUGUCUCCCAGUCUUCAAAAUUAUAAAACGGCUAUCUUUCGCGUGCUUGGAAUCCAAGAAUUUAUGUACGGACUAUAAUAGUCCUUAAUACAGGUGAUAACGGUGCUUUAUGCUUUAACUUUCUGCAUUCAGGAUGAUUUGAGGAGGAGAUACCGCGGGAUAUAAAACAUAAACUCACUCUUGUGUUAUCCACUAGUCUGGAAACACACAGGUGUGAAGAUCAAGGUGGUUUUGGAGACUCUUUACAAACUUUAAAGCUUUACAGAAAAUCACGUCCUUAACGUCAUCAUCUGGUCUGCUUGAAUAAAGUACGUUUCAUUCUGAAAUACAGAACAGAGUUUGGCUGAAUAGUACAUCUUUAAAUUACUGUUCAUUUCAGCCAUUCCUUUUUGAGCUUUAAUUCAAUAUCAGUGGUAUUUUACUAAAGUCCUUAAUUAUUAUACUCUUCAUGUUCUUAGCAAUAAACCAGCAUACUUAAUGGUUUUUUUUCUGGAGGUUUGUUUAGCCAGCUCAGAACCAGUCUGGAGGCAGCUGGCGUGACGUCAGCCAUACAGGUGAGUUGCUCAGAUAAACCCGUCUGCCUAACUGUAGUCCUUUGGAUGGAUUGGCAUCCUUCUACAGUGCGGCUCUUCACACGCAGAAGCAGUUAAAAGACGGCAUGGUCGUGGCUCCCGUUUGUCCACUAACCCCAUUCUGCUAGCAGUUUCAAUAGCACAGUCUCGUAACAAUGGGUUAUAAAGAGCGGGUGCUGACCUGCUCUGAGCCAUCUCUUGAAGUUAGAACAGUGUGUGCUCUGAGCUGUGUACAUACAAGCCAUGAAAACAGUGUGUGCUCUGAGCUAUGUACAUACAAACCAUGAAAACAGCGUCUGCUCUGAGCUGUAUACAUACAUACAUCAAUGUACGCACUAAAACGCACUAAAUGAAAUUUACAAUGCUAAACCAGACAAUGUCUAGGCAAGUUAGUAAUCUGUUAAAUAUAGCUGUUUGUGAACAAAUAAAAUAAAAACUAAACUAAUGGUGGGUAUUGUGGAAUCUUGUUUUGCGUUGGUAUUUCCAAAUGUAUCCAUGCGAUGCUGGGAGGGGAGGGAGUUCAGGAUAAAAGCCACUGGGCUCUUUUCGUGGUUCCAUCAUGUACGUCUCCCAUCUCUCCCAUGCAAACUUCACACUAACAGACGCCGUAAACGCGUGUCACGCCUGGCGAUUCAUAUUUCAGCAAUGAAAAAAAUGAGAACAAAAAAAACCGACACUUUGACACUUGAAAGUAAACUAUGCAGUUAUUCAUAUAUUUAUUUUGUAAAAAGUAUUUUUGUACACAAAUACUGUCUGUAAUAAAAUACUUGUUUGAAUUACA